GAAAGAGAGAGGUGGAGAGAGAGGGGGGAGAGGUAACAGGGGGCAGGGGGAGACAGGGAAGAUGGACGCUCCAACUACUGGAGAUGGGAUGGGCCUCUUCACUGUUCUGUCCACAGAUGUCCUGCUUUCUCCUUCUGGGAACAAGGUUGAUCUUAAAGAAUUAGAAGGAAAGACCAUAGGUUUGUACUUCGCCGCAAACUGGUAUUGGAAAUGUGAGGCAUUCACCCCAGUCUUGACCCAUGUGUAUCAUCAGCUGAAACAAGAUGGGUCCGAUUUUGAAAUUGUAUUUGUUUCAUCUGAUGAAGAUCAUGCCUCCUUCGAGCGGUUCCAUAGCUUAAUGCCAUGGCCUGCGAUACCAUUUAGCGACCUGCAAUCUAGGAGAAGUCUGACACAAAGAUUCCAAAUUGAGGGCAUUCCAUCUCUAAUAAUAAUCAAUUCAAAAGGGGAACUAAUACGGACCGACGGUGUGGAGCUUAUCAACCGCUACGAAUGCCGGGCUUUCCCUUUCACUUCAGAGAAGAUGGCAGAGUUGGAGGCGGACGAGGAAGCAAAACAUGCAUCUCAAACUUUAGAGAAGCUUCUUUCAUUGAAUGGUAGAGAUUGCGUGAUUAAUCAUAAGCGGCAGGUACCAAUUUCAGAAUUGGUAGGGAAGACAGUAGGACUGUACUUCUCGGCUCGGCGGUGCCCUCCAUGCACAAAGUUUACUUCAAAGUUGGCAUCCAUAUAUAACAACCUGAAAGAAAAGAAUGAGGAGUUUGAAAUAGUAUUUGUUUCGAUGGACAGAGAUGAAGCAGGGUACUUGCAAUGUUACAGUGAAAUGCCAUGGCUUGCAUUGCCAUAUGAUAGCGAGUCCUCCAAAGCACUGGCUCGCUACUUCGAUGUCCAAGGAAUUCCUGCUCUAAUCAUAAUUGGUCCUGAUGGGAAAACAGUUACAAGAGAAGGAAGAAAUCUGAUAAACUUGCAUUUGGAAAUGGCAUUUCCAUUCACUGAAGCUCAGAUCAGGCUGCUUCAAGAAAGGAUGGAUGAAGAAGCCAAGUGCUAUCCGAGCACUCUUCACCAUGCAGCUCACCGUCACAUACUUAAUUUGGUCUCGGAGAACACAGGGGGUGGCCCUUACUUAUGCUGUGAGUGUGGGGAGCAGGGCUUGGGUUGGGCAUACCAGUGCCUCGGAUGUGGUUAUGAGAUCCAUCUCAAAUGUGGUCGAGGGGCUGAAGGAGAAUGUGCUGAAACUUAACAGGAAGAAAUCUGAUGAUUCUUCCUGUGCUUUUAGCAGCAGUGGAGUAUAGGAACAUGGCUGUGACAGGCAGCUUCUGAAGGUUUCUCCUUGGAGUAUGAAAACUUGUACAAAAAAAUGCACAUCAUGCAAAGGUUCUGAUGACAGAAUUAGACAGAAAUCCACUGCUCCAAGAAGUGUGUGUUGGAACACAAACGAAUUGCCCUUCCUUCAGCCAGGUAUAACUUGUGACUCAAACAAGAUUUCAUGAUGUUCUGGUUGUAUGUAACUUCUAAUUUUGUGCUUGUUUUUAGCUAUACUAUAGUGUCAAAGCGUAACAUGUACCCGUGGACCUGUUUAAUAGAUGAUAUCAAAUCAAGCUUUGUUCAUCAGAAA